GCCGGCUGGGAGCGCGCGGGCCCGGGGAUGAGGGCGCCCGCCGCGGGGAGCCCGUUUGCGCGCCGCGGCGCCGUCCCGCCCCGCCACCGAGCCCGAGCAGGCAGACGCGCGGCAAGCGAUCUGGGGGCGCGCCGCCUCCGGGUCCCCAACAUGUGAAGCGCCGAGGGCGGAGACGCAGAGACCUCCCCCCUCCCCCGGCCCGACGCCCUCGCGGAUCCCCUGCCCUGCGCUCCCAGGCCGCGCCAUCCCCUCCGGAGCAGCGAAGCCACCGCGCCCUGCGCCCCAUCUUUGCUCCCCACCCGGCUUCCGCCCUCACCAGCUUCGCUGGGCGCCCCCCCGACGACGACGACGACGUGGCCCGGGAAGGUGCGUCCGGCCUCGCCCGUGGCUCCUCGUCCACACAAGUUUGAACAAUGAUCACAGUCAACCCGGAUGGGAAGAUAAUGGUCAGAAGAUGCCUGGUCACCCUGAGACCCUUUCGGCUGUUUGUCCUAGGCAUCGGCUUCUUCACCCUCUGCUUCCUGAUGACAUCUCUGGGAGGCCAGUUCUCUGCCCGGCGCCUGGGAGACUCACCCUUUACCAUCCGCACAGAAGUGCUAGGUGGCUCCGAGUCCCGAGGUGUCCUCCGCAAGAUGAGCGAGCUGCUGGAGCUGAUGGUGAAGCGCAUGGACAUGCUGGCCAGGCUGGAGAACAGCAGCGAGUCACACCAUAUGGCCAGUGAUGCACACUUAGCUGCAGACAGGCUCACCCCUGGGGCCGGGGCCGGGGCCGGCCUCAUGGAGCGAAUCCAGGCCAUUGCCCAGAACGUGUCUGACAUCGCUGUAAAGGUGGACCAGAUCCUACGCCACAGCCUGCUCCUGCACAGCAAGGUGUCUGAAGGCCGGAGGGACCAGUGUGAGGCACCCAGUGACCCUAAGUUCCCUGACUGCUCGGGGAAGGUGGAGUGGAUGCGUGCCCGCUGGACCUCUGACCCCUGCUACGCCUUCUUUGGGGUGGAUGGCACCGAGUGCUCCUUCCUCAUCUACCUCAGCGAGGUCGAGUGGUUCUGUCCGCUGCUACCCUGGAGGAACCAGACUGCUGCCCGGACGGCUCCUAAGUCCCUCCCCAAAGUCCAGGCAGUAUUCCGGAGCAAUCUGUCCCACCUCCUGGAGCUGAUGGGCAGUGGGAAAGAGUCCCUGAUCUUCAUGAAGAAGCGAACCAAGCGCCUCACUGCCCAGUGGGCCAUCGCUGCCCAGCGCCUGGCACAGAAGCUGGGUGACAUCCGGAGGGACCAGAAACAGAUCCUCAUCCACAUUGGCUUCCUGACAGAGGAGUCCGGGGACGUGUUCAGCCCAAGGGUGAUGAAGGGUGGGCCUCUCGGGGAGAUGGUGCAGUGGGCAGACAUUCUGGCUGCUCUCUACGUGCUGGGCCACAGUCUGCGUGUCACAGUUUCCCUGAAGGAACUGCAGAGUAACUUAGGGGUGCCGCCAGGCCGGGGGAACUGUCCGCUCACCAUGCCUCUGCCUUUUGACCUCAUCUACACGGACUACCAUGGCCUGCAGCAGAUGAAGCAGCACAUGGGGCUGUCCUUCAAGAAGUACCGAUGCCGAAUCCGAGUCAUUGACACCUUUGGGACGGAACCUGCUUACAACCAUGAGGAGUAUGCUACGCUGCACGGCUACCGGACCAACUGGGGUUACUGGAACCUCAACCCCAUGCAGUUCAUGACCAUGUUCCCUCACACCCCGGACAACUCCUUCAUGGGCUUUGUGUCUGAGGAGCUCAAUGAGACGGAAAAGCAGCUCAUCAAAGGUGGCAAGGCCAGCAACAUGGCGGUGGUGUAUGGCAAGGAGGCCAGCAUCUGGAAGCUCCAGGGCAAGGAGAAGUUCCUGGCCAUCCUCAACAAGUACAUGGAGAUCCAUGGUACUGUGUACUAUGAGAGCCAGCGUCCACCUGAGGUCCCUGCCUUCGUGAAGAACCACGGCCUCCUGCCACAGCCAGAGUUCCAGCAGCUGCUGCGCAAGGCCAAGCUCUUUAUAGGGUUCGGAUUCCCCUAUGAGGGCCCAGCCCCACUGGAGGCCAUCGCCAAUGGCUGCAUCUUCUUGCAGUCUCGUUUCAGCCCGCCCCACAGCUCCCUCAACCACGAGUUCUUCCGGGGCAAGCCCACCUCCAGGGAGGUGUUCUCCCAGCACCCCUAUGCAGAGAAUUUCAUCGGCAAACCUCACGUGUGGACUGUUGACUACAACAACUCAGAGGAGUUUGAAGCUGCCAUCAAGGCGAUCAUGAACACCCAGGUAGACCCUUAUCUACCAUAUGAGUACACUUGUACAGGGAUGCUGGAGCGAAUCCAUGCCUACAUCCAGCACCAGGACUUCUGUGUGGGCCCAGGCCCUGCCCCACCAGCGGCUCACACUGCCCAGAGUCCCUUUGUUUUAGCCCCCAAUGCCACUCACCUUGAGUGGGCCCAGAAUGCCAGCUCAGUCCCCAGAGCCUGGCCCCCCACCAACUCUCUGCAGGCCUGGCUGGCAGCUCCUGGGAGGGCCUGUACUGAUGCCUGCCUGGACCAUGGACUGGUCUGUGAGCCCUCCUUCUUCCCCUUCCUCAACAACCAGGACGCCUUCUUCAAGCUGCAGGUGCCCUGUGACAGCACCGAGUGGGAGAUGCAUCAUCUGUACCCUGCCUUCGCCCAGCCUGGCCAGGAGUGCUACCUGCAAAAGGAACCCCUGCUCUUCAGCUGUGCGGGUGCCAGCACCAAGUACCAGCGGCUUUGCCCCUGCCGUGACUUCCGCAAGGGCCAGGUGGCCUUGUGCCAGGGAUGCCUGUGAGGAUGGAGGGCACCCUGCCCGGCACCUGCCCGCCUGAGGCUGGCCUUGCCCCGUGUAGGGGGAGCACCAGCAUCUUCUGAGUCCCAGCCGUUGCUCACCACGUGGCUCCUGGCUGGAGCCUCCUUCCCUGUUCAGGUGUGGAAAGAGAAAGCUGAGGGAUACAAAGGCUCCGAGCACCCCGCGACACCCUAGGGGACUCCUUGGUUACCACAGGAUGCGUGACCAAGUAGAUGGGUUGAUAUACCUGCCCCAAUGGGCCUAGGAGCAGGUGGACAGAGGCCUCUUGUUUUAUGAGGUCUGAACCAGCUGGAGAAAUGGCUCUGGCCUGCCUUGGGCCCAGGACAAGCCUUCUGAUUCACAAGGCUGGGGACCAAAACCACACUGCUCCCCAGUCCACCCAAGGAACCGAGGGAUAAGAAACGGGCCUUGGCCAUGUUUGCUGUGAGCUGCAGAGCCUUUUCCUGCGAGGGCAGCCAUAUAUCCAGCACCGGUGUCCUCUGGAGUUGUUUGGGGAUGGACGGGACAGGGAGGCUAGGGGAAGCUAGGGGAGGGGUCCUGCCCUUUUCCUAUCCCACCCUCCCUAUUCCUCACCUCUGCCAACUUCCUGCAUCUCCUACAUUGGGGCCCCCCACUGGGGAUGUGGGGAUCCCCAGGCCUGGUUGGACUGUCCCCAUCUCCUGCUUGCUCUAGGUCUUCAUUUGGGUCCUCUUCUGAGACCUGCUCUGGUAUAACCUGUGACUCUAGUCCAUAGCCUUGGUCACCCCCCACCAGGGGGAGCUUCCACUCCAGCUCUGACAACAGGCUCCAGAGCCCUACCAAGGCAUCCUUUGGGCCCUACACGCCUCUGCAGGCUCUGACAUCCCCUCCACACACCCCAGUAUCUCUUGCAGGCCAGACUGGGAUAAAGGUCUUCCCAUUGUACACUUGGUGGGUUCUGGCUGCUCGGGCCCACCAGCCCAACACGGCUUAACACCCAGGCCAGGCCCUUGCCCCUCCUCCUGGCUUCCCCCAGCCUCAGGUCACUUCCAGACUCCAGUACCCAUCUCUGUGUGGCAUGCCCUCCCCUCUACCACCCCCAGAGCCUGCUGAGUCCAGCCAGGCCUCCAGGAACACUGCCUUUGCUCAUGUAUGACCUGCCUCCAGCCUCGGGGAAGUGGCCCCCUUGGGACAGUUGGAGGAGGGAGCCAGACCCGCCAUGGGACUCACAGGUGCCCCCUGGCCUGGUCGACCCCGCAGCUGCCGAAACCAGAGCUGCAGGAGCCCCAGUUCCCGAGGAUCUGACCUGUCCAGGGAAAGCAAUAGAGACACUCUUGCUCUGUUUUUUAAAGAUUUAUUUCUUGAAAUAAUAAAUAUUUUAUUGGGAUGUGAGAUGCUGA